CGCUGCCUUUACAUCAGCACGUCCGCCAGUGUUUUUGAAAAAGCGGCGGUUACAGCUCCGCUGGAUCUUGAUGGAACUAUAGUAGCUGCUUCUUUAUCGCUUCUCUCCAGCACAGAAACAAAACACAAGGUCCUGGUGCUUUAAUGUAAGUUGUAACAGCCUUUACUGCACCAGGAUCAUGCAGCCGCAGCAGCAUUUAAAGGAGCGUGGAUAUGGGCUUCUCGGCAAACUGUCCCAUGGAGCGAAAAAGCUGGAGGGAAGGACCUUCUAUCUGGACAAUGUGAAGAAACAGCCCACAGCCCUGCUUUUGGAAGCCAUAUCUCUUCUAGGAGGGAGGGUUGAGAGCUUCCUGCACAAGGAUGUAAACUUUGUUGUGACUGGAAACAAAGAGGGCCUGAAGGAGAAGGAUGUUGAUAACAAAGGUGUGGCAAAGGGACCAAAUGAAGCAACCCAACAUUUGAUUAAGCAGCGGGAGAGUGGCCUCGGCAAUGACAAGCGGCGUCCUAGACCGAUGGCUUGUGGCAGUCGAGGGAAGGCUCUACUUGAAAAAGCCAUUCGCAACAAUGAACGACUGCAGGGGAGCAGUGUUUUGUCCAGUGCUCAAUCAUGGGGAGUCAAGAUUUUGCAUGUGGAUGAUGUCCUUCGUUAUCUGAAGUAUUUGACUCGAGAGAGCUUCAGUUCUAAACACAAGAGGGCAGAGAAGACUGGCACUAAAUAUCAAGGUUCUCCUGUUGUCAAGGCUUUGGCUUUGAGAUCCCCAUAUCUUAAAAUUGAGGACUUGAGCAGGAAAUACAAGCCUUUGCACAUGCAGUCUAUGACCUUCCCUGAUCUGUACUACUCUGGUCGAUUCAGCCCCUUUGAAUCUCCUCCUCCGCAGUUUGAAAUGGAGACAGAGCUGGAGGGGAAAAAAACAAGGGCCAAGACAGUCAAAAGUAGUAUUCAGGAGAAAUCCCAAAGUAAAUCCCCACUCAGUUGUAACCCGUCACGUUGGCGACCACGCAAAAAGGACGCUUCUUACUGUGAAUGCUGCCAUCAGUCAUUCACUAAUCUGGAAGAGCACUUGCAGUCUGACCAGCACCGCACGUUUGUGCUGGAUCCUUCCAACUACAGCUUGGUGGAUCAGCUUAUGGUUGAAAUGCUUCCAGAAUUUGACCCCAGUGCACCCCAGCAAUCAGAAGAAACACUGAGCAGACCACCAACUCCUUUGCCUAUCCAUGAUGUCUGUGAACUGGAGCCUCUUUCUGAUGCUGAGAUGGAGCAUGCUGUUCAGGCCCUUCGGAGACAAAGUUCAUCAUUAAAUAUUCACAUUUCCAGCCCUACUAGAGGUCCUCUUUCCUGUCCAGGCCCAGCCAGUCCAUCACCAGGAGUUCAGUUUACCAUCCCAAAUCCAGGCACUCAGCCUGCUGACACUCAGUCUUUCAGUCAUGAGACAGACUGCCAGCUGCCAGAUAUCCAUCCUCAGGCUUCUAGCCCAGCUAUACCUGUAUUAAAAGCUGAAGUAGAAGCCCAGGACUCAGUUAAUCAGCUGCCUGAAAUUCAACAUCUCUCUCCAUGUCCCCUUUCUGACCCAUUCUCUUUGCCUCCAGUCCUUAGUCCCCAAGUCCCCUAUUCCUACAUUAUAAAUCCUCAAAGUCCUUAUUCAGAUCCCCCUGUCCUCAGUCCACAGCCGUACACCACAGACGAGCCUGCGGAAGGACAAACUGAGGACGUGUUCAAACUUGUCUCAGCCCUCACAGAUGUUCUGUCCACCCCACAAAUUACUUCUGUGGCUGUGACCAAUGCAGAAGGCCCGAAAGGAUCAAAAGAAGAUGGUCUUGUUGGAUUUGCUGGACUCGCGUGUUCUAACAGAGAUUUGGAGUGCGCUACACUGUCUUCAGGUAGAUCUCGGUCCUUGCCUCGUCAGUCAGACAUCGCAGCAAACCCUAAAAAGCGCUGUCGAUCUGCCAGCCCGGAAUGUAGUCGGAGUAAGAGGACAAGGACAGCAAAGACUGGGAACAGUAUUAGCUGGACUGGAGAAAAUACAACACCAGCAAAAUCACAGAGUGACAGUAUGGCAAAGACUGAACGCUCUCUAUUUUCGGACAAGGCCCCUUAUGAGAUAAUUCAGUCCUGUCUCAAGCCAAAUGUCUCUUCAACGUUUAGUACAUGCACUUUGGAUAUAUUUGGUUUCAAACAGGCUUAUAGAACGUUUUGUUUUCCUGUUGCACAGAAUUUCACUCGGGCCUCAGCCAAAAUUGACUCAAUCCCCAAUCAACCACUCGAAUUCCCCGCUGAUAAAUUUCACAGUACGUUUUCCAGUCAAGAAUCUCAGCGUUCAUUAUCUCACUCUACCUCAAUCUGCAUCGAGCCAGGCCUCAUCCCAGACCUAGCUAAGCUCUCUCCAUCAUCAUCGGAGUCAGACUGGGACUGUGACCUGCUGUCACAGGUGGGCCCGACCUCAGCUACACCUCUGACAUCCACUGAGCAGAACUGUGAGCUCGACAAAGAAUUGCUCCACAGGCCAUGUCCCUGGAUGCACGACACCAGCUACGAGUCACAUCUGCAUACUGUCCUUCAGCCAGCACCCCCACCCGCGUCACUGUGUGGGGAAGAAAGGGAUGCUUUUAGCAGAACUGUGGUACAGAUUGUAGAGGUUCAGCACUGACAGCUAUUUAAUUUUUGUGAAUACUGGAAUAAUGGGCUGCACAAAAACCCAGUGUACACUGAAUAAAUAUUUAAAUUUGGUGCUUAUUAAAAUAUCUUGUAUAGCAGAUUUUUAGAAACGCAGAUCUAAUUUGAUCUUUGUAUUAAAUGCUGCUUAAUGGUUGCUGCAUCUUCCCAAGAAUUUGAAGUGUGUUUAUGAUCAUUUUCAUCUUGACCCCUAACCCUCGUUGUGCGCAAACCUCUUAGCCAUAUUCUGUGUUGUGCUGACUGCAGUUGUUCAGGAGCUCAUGGUGGUACUGAGAAUUUAAUGAGGCCUUUCUGAAAGGGGCAUUACUCAAUUACUGUAAGUGCUCUGCCUGGAUCAGGUCCCACAUAUGGCAGUGUUGAUGGUCAAACAGAUGAGGCAUUCAUAGGGUGGAGGACGGACGAACUGUGAGCCAAACCUGACUGUCAAAAAGCUGUUCCUACAUUUUGAAGGUGGGCCAGCGGACUGGCUUUGUCAAGGUGACACAAGUUAGGUUUAUUAAAUAUACAGUAUUUGGUGACCUGAGGUCAUCUACCAAUUUAAAAUGGUCCAUAAAGUCCAGAAGUCACACCUCCUACUAAUCAUGUCUCAUGGAUGUUGAAAACAGGGUCACAACAAAUGAAGGGAAAUGCCACAUGAUUUUAGUAUAUGGAGUCUAUCAGUUUUCUUUGGAAAAUGUGAUUUGAAA